AUGUGCCCCUCCAAGGCGCUAAAGGGAGGCUGGGUCCUUCGCCAGCCGCUGAUUCCACUCCGGAGGUGCUGGUGCAAGAGCAGGAUCCGCAGGCGUGGCCGGUCGAUGCAGUGCUUCGCGAUGGUGAAUGUGGAGCUCAGCAGCCCCUCCUUCGUGCUUGGCCUUGGGCUCAUCGGCUCCGGGGUGCUGCUGUUCAGCAUUCGAAAAUCCAAGCCAGCGUUGUCUCGCGACAGUGAUGUGAUCAUAUCCUCAUUGAUCUCAGUCACUGGGGCCGCCCUUGUGUUCCAGGGUUGGCGUCUGGAUCCACUGCUGUUGCUGUGUCAGCUCAUGACGUGCACAGUGGCAGUCUCUUUCGCACUCGAGACCCUCAACUUGCGAGAGCAGAUUCAAACUAAGAUCGGUCCCAGCGCCCCAUCGACAUCCGACUCAAGCGGUUCUGAGGAAGAAAGUCCUGAAGAGGAGCCUUGGUACAGGCAGGAUUUCGGGCUCCCGCAGCCGAGCGGCAGACCCUUUGGUGCAUGGGGCUGGUCAGAGGAGCCUGAUUGGUACCAGGACGGUGGCUACUCACAGGACAGCCCUUCUGCCGGGCCGGCAGUAGGCUAUGGUGGAGAGAACUUCGACACUGGCGGGCCUAGAGAUGAGGGUGGGCAGGUGUGGGGGGACUUCAGUGCAAGGGCGGUACCAGGGGGAGGUUCCCAGAUUGUGAAGGGUCUCGAGGACGAUCAAGUGAACCUUGUGGAGGACUGGGAGUGA